CUUAUCGCAGAUUGUUUUAGAAAUGACAUAAUGAUCUUAGCACAUCACCGAAGUCACAACCGUUUCGAUAAGUAUUCACGAUUGGCGUUGAUGUGGCGGAAUAGAGGUGCCUUUGAUUGUCGGGUCACUACUGGACUACUAUAAGCCAAGAGGCGACGAUCCAACAUGUUUGAAUAGAAUCUGCGUUUAUAUCAACAACUGCCGAAAGUCAUGCUGGAACUGGUUAUCAAGUUGAAAGUACAAGAAAACGGGUAUGUGGCAAGGUUUGGGUCGGGAGAAGAUGAGAAACGUGAAAUUUUCCAAGAAAAACGAUGUCGACCGUGAUUGUGAUCUUUUCGUGACUGCAUGUUUGAGGUGGUGACGUACGAUGCUACAAUCGCAUGGAGAUCGUUGGCAGACGAUACAGGGCAAAACUUUGAGACAUUAUAGUAUUCAGCACGACUUAUACAGGUCUCGUUUUUAAAGCGAGGCUGAGGUUCGACUUAAUGUGAUGACGGACAAGAGUUUGAGGGAAACGCAGCUGGCAGCUGGUGUAUGGGCAGGUGCUAAAUUACAAAAAGGUAAUUUAUCAGCCAAUUUGCAUCAAUGCUCUUGCCGCGGACAAAUCAGCUUAGACGUGUGAUGACUAGCAAUAAUGUACCACUUGAUCCUCAGUUGGUUCCUUUCCGCGGGUCUGAAUACGCACCGGUGUGCUCGUCGCUCAAGCUACUGUUCUUGUAAGUCUGAUCGCAAUUGUAAUGGUCUGUCUGGAAACCGAGGGAAGUAAGUCGCAAUUGUAAUGGUCUGUCUGGAAAUCGAGGAGAGUAAUUCGCAAUUAAAUGCUCUACGACGGUUCAAGUGGCGGUCGAAUGGAUCUUUAGUUCAACUCACAGACCAAGCAAGCACAUGUAUCUGCUUCCUAGCACUUAUCAAAUUUUUGGUUGACCUGUUACCAAUUUGUCUAUAUUGAUUGGUGGAACCGAAUAUUGACUUGCUCAUCCAGAAUUGAAAAAUUGAUUGACCCUCGACUAAGCUGGUUGGGUGCAGUGUGCACGCUUAACAAAGGCGACUAGUUUAUUCUAAUAGCCUGGAUGUCGAAACUUUACCCAUCUUGGAGACGUGAAUCCAUCAUUCCGACUUCUUGGUUUGCAUUUUAUGGUUUGAUAUGCAAGGAGAAAUGAAAGGAUGACUUCAUUCUUCGUCACAUUAUCCCAAGGGAAUAUUUAACUCAUGCACAAUAUUCGUCAGCUAAUUCUCAAACGAGUGCAAUUUUUCAUUUGAGUUUGUUUUAGAGCUAUCGCCGUCAUUUGUUUUGUUAAACUCUCUUGGGUUCGUGGACUAUGAAAAUAUUUUUUUUGUCUCUUUCUUAAAGAAUGUCGAUUGCUGCUCAAAUACAGUGCCAUUGGUAUGCUGUUACUCACAAAAUAUAAAUGGCGAGCAGAGAAAUGGUGCAGAUCCAGCAUAAAACGCUGGGCACUUUCAUACAUUCCGUUUAUACUCAUUCGACAACAACGGCAGACAUUCGUCAAUCGUCAAACCCUCUAGCACAUAGCGCAGGUAACGAUAGUCUUGAGAGGAGCUUCAUUCUCAGACGUGGCGCGUCAUUGAUUCCAAGACGAGAGAGGUUGUUCAAGCUCCGCGAGCUGAAAUCACUUAAACUCUCAUCUUAAUAUGGUGCAGCACGCUUCGAAGCGUUUUUUUACGUGUUUUGUAUGGACAUUCCUUAGAACAGUGGUGUUACGUUUUGAUAGAGAAACAGAAAAGGAUUUGAGACGGGCGAAAAUAUGAUUGGCGCUAUUUAACUUCAAUGACAAAACUGCUUAACCUACUUUUGACCAGCUUCAAUGCCGCCAGAACUUAUUUCGUGUAUCUGUACAUCGAGCUGCUUGUUGAAAUGACUAAAGCCCCUGUUCAGUAUACCCCGAACGAUAAGCAAAAUAACUAGUGCAGAAAGACUUACAACAGCAAUGCAAAGUCUCACUCGCAUCCAAGUUGCUUUUACUUUAUAUUUUGAAGAAAUCGUGCGAACGCGUUCGACCUGAAUAGAAUCAACUCCAUGAAUUCAGUCUCAAACUGCUAUUUCUUACCUUUACGUCAAGAGGCUGCAGUAGAUUUAUAUCUGUAAACGCUGUGAGUGAAUUGUUAACCCAUCCACUUGAACAAGGAGACAUGAAGCCAGAAAUUCGGUCUGCCACUUGCAGGCUGCCAUUGUGAUCACACUGCUGAGUCUUCUGAUUUGGUUUUAUCAAGUUCCAAGGGCGCAGCCAGUAGAGGAACUCAUUUUGUGGCUUUGAAAAUGAUUUUAGUAAUAUUUUUCUUUGCCACCAAGGCGCACACACUGGAGACGUCAAUUGGAGUCGAGACUUUUUACCUCAUCUAGCUGAUCAUUAUUAAAGCAGAGCAUAGUGAAUGAGACAAUACUAUCGAGCAUAUUGUAUUUCCUUUUCCGGACUCUUCGUGAGUUAAUGCUGCUGCAAUUAUUUUUUUCGGCCUCGGGUGCCUACGUGAGCAAAUUUUCCCUUCGCGUUUCUACUCUUCGAUGUCCAUCUCGCGUCCGGCUAGGCACGGAAGCACUCAGUGUUUCAAAGCAGCUUUACUUGAUCGUGGGCUUUGAUUUGUCUGUUGUAGAUUUCUUCCCAGAAAAAAUUAUCUCCCGCGAACGAGCUUACCGAGGCUCAAAUAGCAGGUCGCGUUUCGUACACAUGCAUCAUCAUUAAAAUGUUUGCCUACCUGCGCACAGAUGGUUGUUGGACAUGCAAAAUCGUGUUUUUCUGCUUGAUUGAUGCGUACACGUUCCGCGCCGCAAAGAAAUGAUUUCAUGACGAGAAAUACGAUGUGGUAUUAUCUGUGCUUCUCCAUUCAUUUUUGCAAGAAUCGGAUUACAAUGGAGUAAAUGUGCAACGCUGAGAUUCGUAAUUAUGUAAGCGAGCAUCACUCAUGUCCCGGUAGCGACUCUCUUCCAGAUCUUAACUUCUCGCAAGUGACAAAGCUGGCGAGUCGUAAAGACUUUUUCGCCAUGCGCAAUCGCGAGAAAUAGCUCCAUUCAUUGUAAUUUCUUUCCUCAAAGUAACAUCGGCGAGUACUGACACCUCAUCCCGACGCGACUGAAAAAAGUCACGAGCUCGAAUGCGCACGAAACAAUUUUAGAGCAUCAUAUUUUUCACAACUACUUCACGUUCUGGUAAUUGCCCGGACACAAUACGAAAGGCUCUUGUAAUUGAUUUCAAGAGUCUUGAGAAGAUCGAGUCGGCGGUUAGUGGGCUCACAAGUUAAGAUCAUAGAAGCACAGCAACGAUUAGAAGGUCGACACAUGAAAUCAUAAAAGGCAUAUUUGCGUGGAGAAAACAACCAGUAUCAGCUUUCGCUAAGAUUCUUGUCGAGCUUUUCGAUCGUGAAUGCUCUGGCUGUAAUAUAUCACGACAUUCCACACAUUUUCAAUUUUGAGGCCGCGACAAACGAUUCAGCAUCCCCACUACUGUCAAAAGCGCUUCACUCAAAUAUCAAGUCGCAAUGCAGGACUACUAUUGGGAGCUUUGAAUGUAUCAGAGCAAAGAAAAAAAUUAUUGUAUGUAAGUCAUGCUUCGAACUGCGUGCCAACUCCGUCAUCGUCGAAUGAGUCGUUUACACCGUUGCUGGAUUAUCAUCUCAAGAAUUUGAGGAUACCUUCGAAUUCGACGUCGCUUGCUUCUAUCACGUCCUCUAAAGUUAGCGCUCUCACUUAUUAUAACAAUAGAGACAAGGAAAUAGUCGAGUCCAAACCCGAGGUCACGCAAUUAGUAGCACGAUCAACUGUCGAUGUUAGAUUUUUACUGCCUGGAAAUACAGCGUU